UGGGCUUCCUAUAUGACCAAUUCUCCUACCCUGAUCGUGAUGAUUGGCCUGCCUGCGCGAGGCAAGACGUACGUGUCCAAGAAGCUGACCCGCUACCUCAACUGGAUCGGAGUGCCCACCAAAGUAUUUAAUUUAGGAGUAUAUCGCCGUGAGGCAGUGAAGUCUUACAAGUCCUAUGAUUUCUUCAGGCAUGAUAACAAAGAAGCAAUGGAAAUCCGGAAACGGUGUGCCUUAGUGGCUCUAGAAGAUGUGAAAACUUAUCUCAUGGAGGAGUGCGGACAAAUAGCUGUGUUUGAUGCAACCAACACAACUCGAGAAAGGAGGGAUCUGAUCUUAAAUUUUGCUAAAGAAAAUGCUUUCAAGGUGUUUUUUGUCGAGUCUGUCUGUGACGAUCCAGAAGUCAUUGCUGCCAAUAUCCUGGAAGUGAAGGUCUCCAGCCCUGACUACCCAGAGAGAAACAGAGAGAAUGUGAUGGACGAUUUCCUGAAGAGGAUAGAGUGCUACAAAGUUACCUACCAGCCUCUUGAUCCUGACGAGUAUGACAAAGAUCUUUCCUUCAUUAAAGUGAUCAAUGUGGGACAGCGGUUCCUAGUAAACAGAGUCCAAGAUUACAUCCAGAGUAAAAUCGUCUAUUACCUAAUGAACAUUCAUGUCCAGCCGCGUACCAUCUACCUUUGCCGACAUGGUGAGAGUGAAUAUAAUCUUGUUGGCAAGAUUGGUGGGGAUUCUGGUCUGUCACCACGUGGGAAGCAGUUUGCUCAGGCUCUGAAGAAGUUCAUCGAAGAGCAGGAAAUUGCUGAUCUGAAGGUUUGGACAAGCCAGCUGAAAAGAACAAUUCAGACAGCUGAGUCUUUGGGGGUCACUUAUGAGCAAUGGAAGAUCCUGAAUGAGAUUGAUGCUGGGGUAUGUGAAGAAAUGACCUAUGCGGAAAUUGAAGCCAAGUAUCCAGAUGAGUUUGCCUUGAGGGAUCAAGAGAAGUAUCUUUAUCGCUAUCCUGGAGGAGAGUCCUACCAGGACUUGGUACAGCGCCUGGAGCCGGUAAUUAUGGAGCUAGAACGUCAGGGCAAUGUCCUCGUUAUCUCCCACCAGGCGGUUAUGAGGUGCCUCUUGGCUUAUUUUCUUGACAAGAGUGCAGAUGAAUUACCAUAUCUGAGGUGCCCCCUUCAUACCAUAUUCAAGCUCACUCCAGUUGCAUAUGGUUGUAAAGUGGAAACAAUUACCCUGAAUGUUGAAGCAGUAAACACUCACCGCGACAAACCUUCUUUGAAUUCAAACAACCUUCCAAAGAGCCAAACCCCUGUAAGGAUGAGAAGAAACAGCUUUACACCGCUGGCCAGUGCGGACACAAUAAAGCGCCCAAGAAAUUACAGUGUUGGGAGCAAGCCUCUCAAUCUGCUGGGGUCUUUCCUAUUUCCGGAAGCUCAAGAUGGGGCAGAUCAGCCACAGCUGCAACCUCAAGUGGGAAAUGCUUGCCUAGGAUGGCUGGUUUAAUGAUGUAGAGGUUUCUGGUUUCAUCUUGAACAUGGCUGAGAUUUCCACAGAUAUCCUCAUGGGCAAAAAAAUCUCCUCCAGGGACUUGCGUGCCUUGUGACUACUGGAACCAGCACGUUGCCUGGAGCUGCCGUCCCCAGACCUCUGGACGCACAGUGAGCCGUUUGGCACUUUGGCCAGUAAUGUUAUUUGAAAUAUAUUUUAAAGCUUAUCUGUAAUUCCUUUUUUCCCUCCCUCUUUCUUUUUGAACGCUGAAAUGUUUAUCAAUGGAGUUGAAGAAAAUUUAUUAUGAAGAUUUUUCAAGUUGCUUUUAACGUGUGUGUGCGCAUGUGUGUUGGGCAGCGGGCCAGCGCAUGGUCUGAUGUAGACCUACGCUUUCUCAAGAAAGCGUGCACUGCUUGGUCCUGCAGACUUGUUCUGGAGUUUUAAAAUAAUUUCUGAUGCCUCUCUUCCUGCUUAGUUGGAAGAAGUAUUUGCAGUUUGUUAGUUCAAAAUGGUCAGAUUCAUUCUUGCUGAAGUAGCUUCUGUUUGGAAGAUUCGUGCUCACCGUGCAUAAUAUCCAAGUUUUUAUUUAAUUUUUACUGUCUUUCAAGUUCAAGCACAGUUACUCAGUGUUAUUUAACCAUUGAAAGAGCUUCAGAUAUCAUUUGACUUUGCUUUGAUGACUUUUGAUUUGAAUACCCAGAUCUGAACAUGUUCUUAUAUUGGAGAAGGGUUUUUGAAUCUAGCAUAACAAAAGGCACUUGUAAGAUCAGGUAAUCUUGUGAAACUUAUCACACUGAGGAGCAAAAGGGAAUAAAAGUGUAUGUUAUCCUAUAUGUAUAGCUUAGUUACCAGUGCAGUUCAAAUCUUGCUUUAGCUUUGCACCCUAUUUUAAGCUUCAUCCUAUCACUCAUUUUCCUACGUUUUGCGGAAGCUUUUCUAUCUCUUACAACAGAAACUCGCCUCAUUUCAUUCCUUACUGUGUCAUAUGAGUUCCUAGAUUGUCCAUUUACUGUCCUAUUCUACCUACCUUAGCCAAAACUUCUCAAAAUUAAGUGUGGAUGUAUGUGCCUGCGUGCUCUUUCGUGAGUAACUGCAUCCAUAGGGCUUGACCUGGGUUGCAGACAAAAGUCAAGUAGCACUCAUUAUGAAAAGUGUUUUCUAUUUCUCAAGUUUUCUUUUGUUUCAGAAGGUAUUGAGGAAUGUGGUACAUGAAUGAGUUGAGAGAGAAAAUAUCUUUUACAAUGGGGAUCUCAAUUUCUUUACUCUUACAAUGAACCAAUAUGCUGGAAAAUCAGAAUAUAAUUUUCUGUUCAGUGUCUAGGAAUAGCAGGGCCAUGCAUUUAGGAUUUGUAAGAAGCACAUGCUUUUUAUGGCACUUCUUAAUGUUCCAGGUUUUACGCCCACAACACUUUUUUCUUUUUUUUAACUUGGAUACAAAUAAACUGUGAAAGUUAGUGAUUUAAAUGCUAUCUUUAAUACAAUUUAAGCUGUUCUAGUAUCUAGCACGUAGACAGCGAAACUCAUUGCAGCAAAGCUAGUGUAAUGGCUGUUACUUAAAUGCUCCAUAUGAAUGGCAUAAAUAACACCUCAACUUUUAUGGCUUUCUCUCAUGCAUCUUGACUUGUGUUUAGGUAAACUUCGUUUUGUCUCACUCCUACUAUUCUCCUUGUAAUAAAUGCAAAAUUGUCACACUUGGAAUCCUAACAUUAAGUGAAGAAAUGAGUGUUUAGGUACCUAAAUGGGAAGCUGGUUUUUGUUAGCUGUUAUACCUGUUGUUUCCAGUGACUUCAACAGAAGCCCCAGAAUUUCUGGGAUCAAAAUUGUUGUCUUAAAUGUGUAAAUAAGUGUUGGCCAUAUCUAAAGUAGGUAUGCAUACUUGAAAAAUGUAGACCAGGAAGUUUAAAUAAAGGAGAGCCCUUUUUUUGCCUUUACCGCCAAGGAGCUCAGCAGCCUGGAAGCCUGAGGUUUACCGUGGAAUUUUGAGAGCUCAAAUCCAGCCCUUUUAAUCACUCCCAAUGUUUUAACUCAGUAACGCUGUGGCAAGAGAGGGCCACAGCAAUGGCCCAGUCACUAAUCUCAACAUCCUAGGAUCUAUGAGGAACUUAAAUGGUAUGUUGACCUUAGGCAAUUACUCUGUAGAGGGAUGAAAUUCGCAAUGGGUGAGAAAGUUUGUUUUGUAUUAGUUUUGUUCUGCAGGAUCUUCCCACUGAAGUGAAGGUUUGUUGCAAUAGGAAAAUCUAUUCUUUGUUUUUAAAUUUUAUAAUGCUUAGAAAUAAGUAAGGAAAGAGGGAAACAGAAAAUAUUGAGAAGGAAGAGAUUUAUAGUCUAUUGCAUAGUAAUAGUCACUUUCCAGAGUAAACCUCUAAAUGCAUGAACUUGUACCUGAACAGACUGGCUGCUUCUAGCAAUAAAUCCUUCCGCUAUACAGGAAAGAUGAAUAGAAACGUACUGUAAGAUGUGUACGAGCAAUAUGCUGUGAUAACUUUACACAAUGCUAAGAAGUUAAUUAUAUGUGUCAUUGAGUAGUUAAUGGUUGUAACAAAACAAAUAUAUAUUUUUACAUGCCAUUUCAUGAAAUGAAUGUUGCUGCUAAUAUGUUGGCAGUCUUAACUCUUUAAUCGUUGCUAAAAAUCCAUUCUGCAAUAGGAAUUUUGGAUCACUAGCUUUGGGUCCUGUAUUCUUAUCCAGUAGCUACUUGUUUUGGCAGUAGCCUUAUCGAUAGUAGUCUCCUGGGUUGUGGGACAGAGCCUGUCAGCUGUAUCGACAGAAGUCGGAAUACAUGCCUCUGUGCUUUAGUUAAAGCCUGAAUACAGUUCUGUUCUCCUUUAUUUUAACUUUCAAAAGCUGUAAAUGUGUGUCUGUCAAGUAGAGUACUGACAAAUUUGUGGUGAUCAUAUACUCGUCAUGGUGAUGCAGGUGAAUAAUAAAUACGCCUGACAUUACAGCUCGCAAGUUCUCCAGAGUCAUUGAUGGUUGGGACUGAGCAAUGCCAGAGCGUGCACAGAUCUCCCCAGCCUGAAACCAGCUAGCAAGUGUUUUGUGCCAGGUAUUUCCUUGAAAUCACCUGACUUUCAUGGCAUUAUUCAUGGAAAUACUUCAGAAUAAAUAAAGAUUGCACAAUUUACCUGAAUUUAAAGAUUAGAAAAGAGGCUUGUGCUUUCAGUUACACCAGAGUUGUCUUCCUUUGCUAAGCAGAUACAGGUUGUGUUCAAAACACUCUAGUAGUUUAUGAAGUAUUGUAUUUAGCUGUGUGAUAAGUGGACCUGUCUACUUUGUUGGCACCAAGAGGAGGUUUCCCCUGACUUGCCUCCAUCCUUUUUUAGUGUCGGAUGUGGCAGUGCAUGCUGUCACAUUGAAUAAAUUCUGCCUGUCUGGCAGGACCAUCCAUUAAGAUGUGCACUGCUAACUCUGCGAUCAUAGAGUUGCAGUUCAGGGGGCUUGUUGGCAUGUCCUCUUUAGAACUUAUUUUAACACAAAAGUUUAUGAUCACUCCAGUGAAAUCCUUUCCAUCUUUGCUGUCAAGGAUGGGGAGAAUUGAAAUGUGAGGAAAAAGGCUUAAAGUAAAACCAGUCUGAGUAGCUUGAGGCUGAGUAUUCUUGCUGUGACAUUACAACUGCUAUUUCUCUGUAACUCUUCCCCUUCCAGUCAUCCCUGGCAGUUCUGUUUGUCCUCACAUCCUUCUCUCUUCUGUGUUGUGACGGUUAAUUAAGAGCUCAACACAGCCGUUCCCAGGCCACAGGGCUGAACACUGUAGGAACAACCUUGAGAGAGAGGUGUUGCCUUCAGUACUUCCGGCACAUGCCUGGAUGUGAAGGGGGCUGAGAGGUUCCUGUCCCAAGAAGAGUGCUACAGAUGCCACCUCUGCUGUUUCUGUCCGGCUAUUCUUUUGUCUCUGUCAGGUAGUGAACGCUGUAAACUGCAUCUCUGUAUUUAGUGAGAUGGAUGUUCCGUGUCUGCUUGGAAUUUUGCUACCUUAUGGCCUACUACUGAUGUUUUGUUUGUUUUAGGUUAAAUAAUACAGUAUAUGCAGACUUAUCUUGCUGUAUGUUGUGUACUUAUGCACAAAUAUCACAUGCGCUUUUAUUUGCAAUAAAGAAGUUUAAAAAAAAUCUUGUUUCUCAUGUUAUUUUCCAUCAGCCUUUGCUAUAACUGUCUGUAUUGUCUGCUGCCUUUGCAAGGUAAUUGUUUUUGAAUCUAUGGAGUCUAUGGAAAGUAUUUGGAGGAAGAGGGUCGUAGCGGAGAACAGACUUGUCUGGCUUUUAGGAGUUACAGAGAUGGUUUGGAA